UCGUUCUUUCUUUUAAAAUAAACGAAGAUGCCAUAGAGUUAGGGAGUGAUCACUGAUCCUCACCUUUUACCACACACCUACUUCCAAACCCACAUGAGGGAUAACAUGACCAUGACUGCCACUACUGAUCAAUGGAUGCAGUUCUAUCAACAACCUCUAAUGGAUAGCCAUGGCCAUGAUCAUGAUCAUGAUCAUGAUCAUCAUGCUUUGGCACCAAACACCACAGAAGGCUUCUCUAGUUCUCCCACUCCUACCAUGCCUUCAUCAGAGAGCAAUAGCAUCUUGAGCCAAUUGAGUCCAAAGGGUAAUGUAUCCAAACCAAUAAGAAGAAGGUCUAGAGCCUCUAAGAGAACCCCAACUACACUUCUCAAUGCCAACCCCACCAAUUUUAGAGCAUUAGUACAACAAUUCACAGGGUGUCCUCGCACAACCAUGUCAACACUAGGGGUCCAUAAGGGCCCUAUUACCUUGAAUUUUCAACAAGGAAGUAGUAGUACUGAACAAAAGGUUCAUCCCCACAACACAAGUAGUAGGGUAGUGCUACCAGUUAGUGGCAGAAGCUACAACAACAACAACAACAACAACCAGUUUCAUCAAGUGCCUGCACCGUUUCCUAAUUGGCAGAAGCAAGAAGAACAACAGCAACAAUUGCCUCAGCAGAGUGGUUACUCUUUUGAUUAUGUAAAGAACAAUGGUUUUCUUCCAAGUUCGGGUAACUCAAUAAGGCCUACCACUAUUAGCAUGGAUCAUGUCUCUGAUGGUUUGCUCUUAGAUAAUGACUUUAACUUGGCUGAUCUAACUGUUAAUGGUUUCCCCAAUGAUGCUCUUUAUGAGAGUGAAUUAUAGGUAUAUAUAUAUUUUAUGUGAUGAAAAUAUUUAGUUAUAAAAGGGUUCAAUUAUAUUGAAUCCUGUUCAUAUCAGAAUACAGUUAAAGUGGACUUUAGUUAUAUAUUCAGUUCAUAUGUAUGCAUGCUUUUAUAAAAACAAUAAUUCAUAUAUAAAGCCUUUAUGCAUUAGCUUCCAAA